AUGUCUAUCCCAGAAACAAAAGAGCUGAAGGCCGAGUGGAAGGUCGAGACUGUGUUGCCAGAGUAUACAUUGAAGGAUGUUGCAAGACAUAACACCAAGGGUGACACUUGGAUGGUGAUCCAUGGACAAGUCUUCGAUCUCACAGAAUACCUCCAAGAUCACCCUGGAGGUGCAGAGGCUCUCGUCGAAGUGGCUGGCACUGAUGCCACAGUAGCCUACGAGGAUGUUGGCCACUCAGAAGAUGCCCGUGAGAUCAUGCAACCAUUCCUGGUGGGGACGUUGAAAGAUGCCCAGCAGUUUGUGCGACCCAAGGCGGUGCGUGUCGUUUCGCAAAAGGCCCCUGAAGAGGCUGGCUCCUCUUUCGCCAUCAAAACCGUCGCCUGUGCUCUGGGUGGCUUGAUCCCCGUCUUCUACAUCUUCAACCGUACCAAUUACCUCACAAAUGGCUUGGGAGCUGUCUCCCAAUUGAUCCCUUCUCAAUUGAAGAGCCUAAGGUUGCCUCAUGGGGGCUUCAUCAACGGCUUCCUGGCCGCCUCUGCCAUCUCCACAGUCGUUGGAGUAAUGGUAGCUCGCCAGGCAGGGAAAUUCACCAAGAUCGACUCUGGAUUUAUACGCUAUCCCCCCCAUAUGAAAGCCAAGAAGAUCAUUCGUGUUGAUCCCCAUCUGGCUCGAGGCUUCCUCGAGCCCCAACAAUAUCAACGUCUACCCCUAGUCGAAAAGACCGAAUUAGCAACCAACGUUUUCCGCUUCGUCUUCGCCCUGCCCACCGCGACAGGUGUAUUGGGUCUCCCCAUUGGCCAACAUGUCGCUAUCAGAGCUGAGAUUGAUGGAACAAUUGUCACUCGCUCUUACACCCCUACCUCCAACAACAUCGACCGCGGCCGCAUCGAGCUCGUUAUCAAAUGCUACCCAGACGGUCUCCUCAGCGGUAAGUACCUCGCUGGCCUAGCUGUGGGCGACGAGGUCGAAUUCCGCGGACCCAAGGGCUCCAUGCGUUAUACCAAGGGCCUUUGCCGUAAAAUCGGAAUGGUGGCCGGCGGUACAGGUAUCACACCCAUGUACCAACUGAUCCGGGCAAUCUGCGAGAAUGAUACCGAUACCACUGAAGUUAGUCUGAUCUAUGCGAACCGUAGCGAGUCGGACAUUCUCUUGCGCAACGAGCUUGAACGUUUCGCACGUCAAUACCCCAAGAACUUCAAGCUCUGGUAUUUGCUGGACUCUGCACCAGAGGGCUGGAUCUAUGGAUCAGGAUAUGUGGAUCGCGAGGUUUUGAUGGCCAAGCUUCCUGGGCCUUCGCCGGAUACCAAGAUAAUGCUGUGUGGGCCACCAGGGAUGGUGAAUGCCACUAAGAAGAAUCUGGUCGCGAUGGGCUUUGAGAAGCCAGGGGUUGUUUCGAGAAUGACGGAUCAAAUCUUUUGCUUCUAG